AAUAAAAUAUUUUCCUGCCUCGUGUAUAAUUACACUGCGGACCUGUAAAUAGAGCGGCCGCGAGGCGGGUCUUAUUCAUUCUCUUACAGUUUACCCGAGGAGCAGCGCCAUGCCCGAGCCACCUAAAAGCGCACCCAAGAAGGGCUCCAAGAAAGCCGUGACCAAGGCGGCUGGUAAAGGAGGCAAGAAGCGCAGAAAGUCCAGGAAGGAGAGCUACGCUAUCUAUGUGUACAAGGUCCUGAAGCCGGUUCAUCCCGACACCGGCAUCUCGUCUAAGGCUAUGGGCAUCAUGAACUCCUUUGUCAAUGAUAUUUUCGAGCGUAUCGCCGGCGAGUCCUCUCGUCUGGCUCACUACAACAAGCGCUCCACCAUCACCUCCAGAGAGAUCCAGACCGCUGUGCGCCUUUUACUGCCUGGCAAGAUGGCCAAGCACGCCGUGUCCGAGGGCACAAAGGCCGUCACCAAGUACACCAGCUCCAAGUAA